AUGGGACCAUCGCCCCAGCACUGUAAAAACGCCUUUUCCUCCAUCAUUCUAAAUCCCAAAAGGAUCAGCAUUCGGUGCCAUAGAGAAGAGGAUCUUCUGUUAUUGCAAGAACAUUUGAAGUUUUUUGCACUAUUCCAGACUAAAAUAAUUAAUAUACACGAGAUGUGGUCUUUGUAUAUUCUUGCAAACAAAUUUUUGAAACCAGAUGAAAGAAAAAAUGAAGGAUCAGCGGGAAAUAAUUUGGAAAUUGUUGAACCCUACCAAAUCAAACAGUCAUCGAGAAAAGAUGAAAGAUAUGGUUCAGUUUUGUCCCGUUUCAUUGAAGUGCCUCAUAUAAACCAACUACGCACGUGGGACUGCGGCCUUGCUUGCGUUCUAAUGGUUUUGAGAACUCUUGGCAUCUAUAAUUGCAAUAUUCAGGAACUGGAGGAGCUGUGCUCCACGACAAGUAUUUGGACGGUUGAUUUAGCCUAUUUGCUGCAGAAGUUUUCUGUAAGAUUUUCCUACUGUACAGUAACCUUAGGAGCCAACCCAAAUUUUUAUGUGGAGACAUUUUACAAGGAGCAAUUGCCUAACGAUCUAGUUCGAGUAAAUAUGUUAUUUCAAGAAGCUCGGAAAGCUGGAAUCAAUAUAGAGCGCAGAUCUGUUAGUGCAGAUGAAAUUUCUGAGCGUAUCUUAUCUGGAAAAUAUAUUGCUAUUGCUUUGGUUGACCAGUACAAACUAAGUCGUUCUUGCCUAAAGGAUGUUUAUGUCUCUGACUUCUAUAGUGGCAGCCCUGGCUACACAGGUCAUUAUGUCAUUAUAUGUGGUUAUGAUGCCGUUACAAAUGAGUUUGAGAUUCGAGAUCCCGCCAUUUCAAGGAAAUUUGAGAGGGUCGCAUCAUCGUGUUUAGAAGAAUCCCGCAAAUCCUUCGGUACUGAUGAGGAUAUACUUCUGAUAUCGCUGGAGAAAGGAGAGAAUCAACAAAACACCUCAGAGCCGAUAUCUUUGUAUCCAUGUUAA